CUUAAACUUUUUCAUUUCCAUAUAUAUAUACAGGCCUCUACCUCAAUGCAAAAGGAAGUUGCCAACUACUCUUCAAGAACCAUUUUGAAAUGGCUCCUUCUAUGUCAACAAUAACUCUCAUUACCAUAUACACAUUCUCCUUACUUUUUUCAAUAACUUCUUCAGCAACAUCAACUGCAGAACAACCUUCAAGACCCUUCAAGAAAAUUUACGCCUUUGGAGACUCUUUCACAGACACAGGCAACACACAUAACGCUGAAGGUCCAAGUGGUUUUGGCCAUGUAUCAAACUCACCAUAUGGAACAACUUUCUUCAACCAUUCCACAAACAGAUACUCUGAUGGAAGACUUGUUAUUGACUUUGUCACAGAAUCACUUUCUUUGCCUUAUCUUCCUCCUUAUCGCCACAUCAAAAGAUCGAACGAUACUUUUGGUGUUAACUUCGCUGUUGCUGGUUCAACAGCUAUAAACCAUGAAUUCUUUGUUAGGAAUAAUCUUUCUCUUGACAUCACUCCUCAGUCUAUUCAAACUCAGAUAUUGUGGUUUAAUAAGUACUUGGAGAGCCAAGGUUGUCAAGGAGUUGAUUCAAAGUGUAAAGAUUUUGAUGAGACUCUUUUUUGGUUUGGUGAAAUUGGUGUUAAUGAUUAUGCUUACACUCUUGGAUCUACAGUCUCAGAAGAUACUAUAAGGAAGCUUGCAAUGUCCAGUGUCUCAGGAGCUUUACAGUCAUUGCUUGAGAAGGGUGCCAAGUACCUAGUUGUGCAAGGUCAUCCACCAACAGGGUGCCUUACACUGACAAUGUAUUUAGCUCCUGAAGAUGACAGAGACGACUUAGGGUGUGUGAAAAGUGCUAAUGACCUAAGCAACAAUCACAACCUUAUGCUGCAAGCUAGAUUACAAGAAUUCAGGAAACAGUAUCCACAUGCAGUCAUAGUUUAUGCUGAUUACUUCAAUGCCUACCGUACUGUGAUGAAGAAUCCAAGCAAGUAUGGAUUCAAAGAUUUGUUCAGUGUCUGCUGUGGAUCAGGAGAACCUCCUUACAACUUCACUGUGUUUGAAACUUGUGGUACACCUAAUGCUACUGUCUGCACUAGCCCUUCUCAGUAUAUUAAUUGGGAUGGUGUUCAUCUUACAGAAGCUAUGUAUAAGGUUGUUUCUAAUAUGUUUCUUCAAGGAAAUUACAGCCAACCUCCAUUUGAUUUUUUGUUAGAAAACAAAGAGAGACAUGGCUGAAUGCAUGAUGAUGGUUCCCUAAAAAAAUAGUAGUAUUCUUGGUCCUUGAAAUUGUAAGGGUCUGUCAAUUUAGUCCAUCAAAUUUACGAAAUAACACUUUAGACCCUCGAUUGAACAAUGUCAUACAAUUUAGUAAUUUUCAUUUUCAAUUUUAGCCCUCUAUCUUUAAGAUUUUAUGUUUCUCUUGAUGCAGUAUAAGAGACUAUUCUGGUCAAUAAUGUAGGUCUUUCCUCGGUUUUGAUCGAUGUUUACAAAAGAUAUAUUUUAGUGGAGGGACUAAAUUGAUUGACUUUCUUUAA